UUGGUUUUAGCGCUCUGCUCCCCCGAAGACGGUAGCGAGAAGGCGUACGUCGAUUCUCUAAAGAAUGCAGCUUUGGAAUUGAAAACAAAACAUUUUGAGCACUAUAAGAUGAAAGAUCUUGAAGUUCAGGUAUGGAAUGUGUCACGACCACGUCACGACUUAACCCGGUGUUUAGCGGCGGAGAACAGUGGGUGGCCUGCGCGAUUAGCCCCGCCUCUCGACCGACUGUGCGCCAUUUGCAAACAGUUCGAGCAGUGGCUCUUGGCGAACAACCGAAACGUGAUUGUGAUUCACUGCAAAGGUCACCGAAGUCGGGCUGCGCUGGUAUUGUCAGCCUUCAUGCACUACAACGCAAUCUGCAGCAAGUAUAUUGUGUAUUUCUCAUCGUUGUUAUCCGGUAGGAUCCGUGUGAACCCUGCUCCAAUCUACCUACAUCGGAUUACGGUAUCACGCCUAGCCGGGCGGGUGCUUUCGUUUAAGAUCUACGAGCGGCUGCAACCUGUCUACCAUACUUUACCAACGUGGGUUCAUACUUCUACAUGGGCCUUCUUGGCACCGACUGAACUGAACUCGCAAUUUUAA